AUGCAGGUUACGAUCUUCGCGUUUCUUCUUCUUAUCGGCUCCUUCGCCUUCGCCAGUCCAUCGUCAUAUGAUACGGCCAAUGAAGCUGACUUGAUGACUAAUAAUGAGAGAUUCGCAAGAGAUCUUGAAUACCGCAAGAAAUUUGCAUUUGCCUUCGCGAAGAGAAGUUCUGGAGACGAAGGAGUUGUUGAGGCUCGUAUCGCUGGACCAUACGCACAUGAUCCUUCAAUGCGAUUUGCUUUUGCGAAAAGACGAACACCAACUGAGAGCAAAUUUGCGCGAUUUGCUCGGGCCAGCAGCUUCGCAUAA